ACAGCUCUCACUGAUUUAAACGUGCUGGUUUGUGUGUGCUGUAACUUUGCUUUCCUCCGUAUAUCCUGAACAUUUAGCGUCAGGAAAGUUACGUUAACUUAAUUGCGGAGAUUUUUCUGUGACGUUACUAAUCUCCACAGAUAAAAUCCGCACAGACGAUUUUUUUUACUUAGAUAAACAUCAACGGCAUUGAUAAGUGGAUGUAAACUGGUCUGGUGAAGUGAAAUGGAGCACCUGUCGUCGACCACCAACCGAUUCGUGAAUGCGAUGUACAGACAACGCGAUCCUGAGUUGUCUAGUUUAGCCAUAGGAGACUGUGAGGACUCUGAACUGGCCUAUACCAUGAGAGACCUGCCCCCUAGAGCCGGUCAAACUUUCCCUGGAAGUGAGAUGCCCAUGACGAACAGGGAGCCCGACGGCAGCACCCACCCUCACACCCCGGGGACGCCCACUUUCACACGACCCCUGAGCAGAAGUCUUGAGCCGGAGUUAGUUCGCCGUGGCCAGCUCAGCUCCAUGAGCUCUCUGGAUUCUCCCAUGAGCCCCUCUCGCGCCAAAAGUCCUUGGGGCAGAUUUGACCCCUAUGACUCUGCUGAGGAUCAAGAUAAGGAAUAUGUUGGCUUUGCGACGCUGCCUAACCAAGUGCACAGGAAAUCUGUGAAAAAGGGGUUCGCCUUUACUCUUAUGGUGGCAGGGGAGUCAGGUUUAGGGAAAUCUACACUCGUCAACAGCCUCUUCCUCACAGACCUUUACAAAGACAGGAAGAUGCUCAAUGCUGAAGAGCGGAUCUCGCAGACAGUGGAGAUCACAAAACACACUGUGCCUAUAGAGGAGAAAGGCGUCAAGCUGAGACUCACCAUCGUGGAUACGCCAGGAUUCGGUGACGCUGUCAACAACACAGAGUGCUGGAGGGCCGUUGAGGACUACAUUGACCAGCAGUUUGAGCAGUAUUUUCGUGACGAAAGCGGCCUCAACCGUAAGAACAUUCAGGACAACCGUGUGCACUGCUGCCUCUACUUCAUCUCACCUUUUGGCCACGGUCUCAGACCAAUGGAUGUGGAGUUUAUGAAGACGCUACAUGAGAAGGUCAACAUAGUGCCUGUGCUUGCCAAAGCAGACAGUCUCACUCCAGAAGAAGUCAGAAAAAUGAAAAUGAAGAUUUGUGAGGAGAUCGAGAGAUUCGACAUCAACAUCUACCAGUUCCCUGAGUGCGAUUCAGACGAGGAUGAGGAGAUCAAACUCCAGCACCAGGAACUGAAGGACAGCAUUCCUUUUGCUGUAAUUGGCUGUAACGUCCAAGCUGAAAGCCAAGGCAGGCGCUUCAGAGGCCGUCAGUACCCCUGGGGUGUGGUGGAAGUUGAAAACCCAGAGCACUCCGACUUCCUGAAGCUGAGGAACAUGUUGGUGCGCACACACAUGCAAGACCUGAAGGACGUGACGCGGGAAACGCAUUACGAGAAUUAUCGCGCUCAGUGCAUCCAGAAUAUGACCCACAUGGUGGUCAGGGAGAGGAAACGCAGUCUAUGUAAAGACCUUCCUGUGCCUUUGGUGCCUGUGGACAGCAACACUGAGCGCCUUAUUUGGGAGAAAGAUGAGGAGUUGCGGCGAAUGCAGGAAGUUCUGGAAAGGAUUCAGGAACAGAUGCGUCAUGGACAUUAAGACUUAUCCAUUAAUUUAAAUGUUUAUGAUUUAAAUGCAGUUAGAAAUGUCAGAGGUUUUGCAGUGAAUAUAAUAUAAACUGUAAAAUGCAUGAUCUGUAAAUGUAGGUGCAUGUCCUAAAUUAGAAUGGGAUGCAUUUAAAUAACUCAUUAUUUAGCUGGCAAAAAUACUUUAUUUUAUAAUGUAAAUAUGAACAACUAUAAUUGUGGUACACAAGAAAUAAGACCAGUACAACUUGA